UAAUGGCGGCAGUAUUGUUUAUUGUUUUAUCCAAAGUAUUAAUUAAACAUAAAUAAGUGAAAAAUCUAGGCUAAGUUUAAUACACAUAUAAAUGAUUUAAAUACUUUUCUUAAAAAUGCAUAUAAAACAGGUUAUCAUACAAGGUUUUAAAAGCUAUCGAGAUCAAACAGUAGUAGAGCCUUUUGAUAAGCGACACAAUGUGGUUGUAGGCCGUAAUGGUUCAGGAAAAAGCAAUUUCUUCUAUGCCAUACAGUUUGUUCUCAGUGAUGAAUACUCUCAUCUUAGACCAGAACAGAGACAGUCUCUGCUCCAUGAAGGUACAGGACCAAGAGUUGUUUCAGCUUAUGUUGAAAUUAUAUUUGACAACUCUGAUGCUAGAGUUCCAAUUGAACAAGAAGAAAUAUACUUGCGGCGUGUGAUUGGAGCUAAGAAGGAUCAAUAUUUCUUGAAUAAAAAGGUAGUACCGAGAAGUGAAGUCAUGAAUCUUUUGGAAUCUGCCGGUUUUUCAAAUUCGAAUCCAUACUACAUUGUCAAGCAGGGAAAGAUUAACCAAAUGGCUACUGCCCCAGAUGCACAUCGGUUGAAACUACUUCGAGAAGUAGCGGGUACAAGAGUGUACGAUGAAAGACGUGAUGAGUCAAUGGGAAUUUUGAGGGAAACUGAAGUAAAAAUUGAAAAAAUUGAAGAAUUUCUUCAUACUAUAGAGGAACGUUUGAGCACUCUAGAAGAGGAAAAAGAAGAAUUAAAACAAUAUCAACAAUACGAUAAAAUUCGUAGAGCAUUAGAAUAUAUUAUACAUGAAGUUGAAUUAAAUGAAAAUAAAAAGAAACUCACUGAUUUAGAGAAACAAAGAAACGAGUCAGGUACAGAGCAAGAAAAACUUGCUGGCAACCUUAAAAAAGCGCAAGAUAAUAUAAAAACUUUAACCAAAAAGACAAAAGAAACGAAAAAGGAACUGAAUGCUUUAAAGGAGGAACGUGAUAUUUUAAAUAACGAUAACCAGCAUUUAAUCAAAGAAAAAGCCAAACUGGAUUUGACUAUUAAAGAUUUGUCUGAAGAAGUACAAGGUGACAAUAAAUCUAAAGAACGAGCCGAGAAUGAAUUGGCUCGAUUGACGCAAUCUAUUAAAGAAAAAGAAGCGGAAUUAGAAAAAGUGAAACCUCAAUACGAAGCUAUGAAAAAACGUGAAGAAGAGUGUACUAGGGAGCUAGAAUUAAAAGAACAAAAAAGAAAAGAAUUGUACGCCAAACAAGGUAGAGGAAGCCAAUUCACUUCGAAAGAUGAUCGUGAUAGAUGGAUUCAGCAGGAACUAAAAUCACUUAAUAAGCAGUUGAAAGAUAAAAAGGAUCAUCGAGAUAAGCUCGAAGCCGACUUGAAAAGGGAUGCUGCGAAGGCUGUCGAAUUGACAAAGAAAAUUGAAGAACAGUCUCAGGAAUUGGAACGACAGAAAAACUGCAUCGACGAACAUAAUAAGCAAUGUUAUGAGUUAAAAAAGAAUAAGGACCAAUAUCAAGCCACUAGAAAUGAACUGUGGCGUAAAGAGAACAACGUCCAGCAAAACCUCUCCUCCCUCAAGGAAGAUCUGGCAAAAGCUGAUCAACAACUUAGAUCCAUGGCGGGUAAACCUAUUCUUAAUGGUCGUGAUAGUGUUAGGAAAGUGUUGGACACCUUCAUAAACCGUGGCGGGAGAGAAGCUGAGAUUGCCCGUUCAUAUUACGGACCAGUUAUAGAAAAUUUUGAUUGUGAAAAGAGCAUUUACACCGCUGUCGAGGUCACAGCUGGUAAUAGGCUGUUUCAUCAUGUUAUCGAUUCUGAUAAGGUUGGAACGCAAAUUUUGAAGGAAAUGAACAGGCAAAAAUUGCCGGGCGAGGUUACUUUCAUGCCUUUGAAUCGAUUAAACGUGAGAGAUCAGGAUUAUCCUAAUGACUCUGAUGCUAUUCCAAUGGUAUCAAAAUUGCAUUAUGACCCAAAGUAUGACAAGGCCAUGAGGUACCUAUUUGGAAAAACCCUCAUUUGCCGAAACCUAGACGUAGCUACAAAAUUAGCUCGAACCACAGGUUUAGACUGCGUCACGUUAGAUGGCGAUCAAGUAUCUUCCAAAGGAUCUCUUACUGGAGGUUACUUCAACUCCUCUAGGUCUCGUUUAGAGAUGCAGAAGAACCGCAGCGAGACUAUUACCCAAAUAGAACAAUGCGAGCAAGAACUUAAGUCUCUGAGAGCUGAACUCGCCAAAACCGAGGCGUCUAUCAACAGCAUAGUAUCCGAAAUGCAGAAGACGGAGACUAAAAACAGCAAAGCGAAGGGCAUUUACGACAAAGUGAAAGGAGAGCUACGUUUGAUGCGUGAAGAACUAUCGAAUAUCGAACGUUUCAGGGGACCUAAGGAACGUUCGUUAGCUCAGUGCAAAUCGAGUCUAGAAGCUAUGCAAACUACCAAGGAGGGAUUGGAAUCGGAGUUACACCAAGAGCUACUCUCUCAGUUGUCCGUUCACGAUCAAGCCCAAGUGGACUCCCUGAACGACGAUAUCCAGAGGCUACAAAGGGAGAAUAAGGAAGCGUUCAGUACUCGAAUGAAACUCGAGGCCGAGAAGAAUAAAUUAGAGAAUUUGUUGACGAAUAACCUGAUCAGACGCAGGGAUGAAGUUUUACAUGCCCUCCAUGAGAUUUCUUUGGAAGAUAGAAAGAGGCAACUUGUUAAUAGUAAGUCAGAUAUGGAAGAAAUCGAUAAGAAAAUUGAAAAGGUGAAUAGGGAGUUGAGCAGCAUGGAGGUCAAGGUUAAGGAAAUGACAAAACGGUUGAAAAAUGAACAAAGUGAAUUGGAGAACUGGAAAAAGAAGGAAAAAGAUGCCCAGGAUAGAAUUGACGAAGAUGCCAAGCAUCUGGAAAAGUACGCUUCUAAACAAAACCUCCUUGAACAAAAAAUAGCUGAAUCCGUAGAAAAAAUCAAUCAGUUGGGUGCCUUGCCUGCGCAAGACUUGUAUUCGCUUUACGUUAAAAUGUCCUCCAGAUCAUUGUUCAAAGAAUUGGAAAAGACCAAUAACCAGUUGAAAAAGUUCAGCCAUGUAAAUAAAAAGGCUUUAGACCAGUUCAUGAGUUUCUCUGACCAGAAGGAGAAACUGCAGAAGAGGAAAGAGGAACUAGAUAGAGGUGACGAGAAAAUUAAGGAACUGAUCUCAAUGCUGGAGCAGAGAAAGAUGGAGGCAAUCCAAUUUACCUUUAAACAAGUCUCCAAGUACUUCUCGGAAGUGUUCAAGAAACUAGUACCUGCCGGUCGAGCCAAGCUCGUCAUGAAAACGAUCGACAACGAAGAAGGGCGAGAAAUAGGACCAGAAGACACCAACGCAGACCACUUCACUGGCAUCGGCAUUAAAAUCUCCUUUACCGAAGCCGAUGCCGAAAUGAAAGAAAUGAACCAGCUGUCAGGUGGUCAGAAGUCACUUGUCGCCCUGGCCCUUAUUUUUGCUAUUCAGAAGUGCGACCCGGCACCCUUCUAUCUGUUUGAUGAAAUCGAUCAGGCUCUGGACGCCCAGCAUAGAAAAGCGGUGGCCAAUAUGAUCCACGAGUUGUCUAGCGAGGCGCAAUUCAUUACGACUACUUUCCGGCCGGAAUUGCUGGAACACGCCCAUAAGUUUUACGGCGUCAAGUUUCGGAACAAGGUGAGUCACGUGGAGUGCGUCAGUAGAGAGGUGGCAAGGGACUUCGUGGAGGACGACCAGACACACGGCUAGUGUUGCUGUAGUUCCGAUUGGUUCUUUUAACUGGUUUUAAGUUUUAAAUUAUAUUUAUAAGUCUGUCGUAUGCGUUACAUACUUUUAUAAAUAAAAAAAGUUUUUAGUUUUGUCA